AUGAGUAGGACUAAGCGAUCCAGACCAUCUUCACUGGAAUCUUCCGAUCUGAACGCCAUUCUUACAUCUCAGCCGUCCAGAAAGAGCUCUAGACCAAAUUCUAGGGAGAAAAAGAGCGAUAGCGUUGCUCCCAGCGAUCCUCCGAUUUCGGAUGCUGAGUUUUACCUGAAUUCUGUGGUGAAGGUGCAGAAACCGAAAAGCCAGUUUGAAAGGAGUUAUGAGGAGAAAUUGCAUAAGUUUUUGCUUACUGAUGAGAUGAGUGAGUUUCUGGCGCUUGAACUGGAGGUCAAAUUGAGCUCCUCGCUUCCGCCUUCGCUGUUUGGAAGGGUAGAGAGGAGUGAGGAAGUACCAGUGAGUUCUCGUGAAGAAACCAAAGAGGAGACCUCAAAUGUUGAUGAGAUUCAGGAGGAAGUCAUUGUUAGUCCUGAAUAUGUUCAAGAACAAGCGGGAAAUCCAGACUUCGUGUGCCAAUGGCUUCUUAAAUCGGCUGAUGCUUUGCUUGAACAGGCUCAUAAGAUUGUACUAGCAGCCAAUUACGUCGAGGGCGCUCAAGCGUACUAUACGCUUAUCAAGGCAGCUUUAAAGGCUCUUCAUAUGGUGGCUGGCCAGUAUAUGGCGAAUUUGCAGCCAAAGGCAGCCGCUCAGGUGUACUAUAAGCUUGCAAAGAUAUACUUGGAGGAGACUGAAAACUAUAGUACGGCAGAACUGUUCGUGAAGAAAUCAAUGGCUAUUGCUAUAAAGCAUGGUUUACUUCAAGCUAGGGUCGCUGGCGAACUCUUAUGUGCUAAGAUUUUAGAAUUAUCUGAUAUUGCCUUGUUGGAGCCUUUCCUCAAUGAACGCCAGGAGAUCCAUGAACGCGAAGGUCAUUCAGAGAUAUCUUUGCUCUUUUCCUUGAAGAGAACUGAAUUGCCUGGACUUAAUGAUGCCCAGAUAGUUCUUCCCAAAGGCGAGGCCAUUAAGGAUAACCAGCUUCGCUCGCUUUGCUUGUUGAUGCAAUCGAGUAUAUACUUGUCUCAGGGAUCGCCAAAGCGAGCAGAGGAGCUCUUAAAUGAAUGCCGUGACCUCUUCUCGCAAAUGAAAGACGUGGCACCUCAACUCAAAGCAAUGCUGUACCUCCAAAACCUAACAGUUUGCACCCAAACCGAUAAUCACAAGUAUGGCAAGAUGUGGGUCAAGAAAAUAACCGAUUUCAUCAACAAACAAAAGAAACUCAAGUGGUCUUCAUGGAAUAACGAUGGUACUAUCCCUGUCACGCUUUCAAGAGGCUUGCCUAAUGAGAUACCAUUCCUGUUGCAGUGGAUUGGUCCUGACGAAUUUGUGCCGACUUUCUACCUAUUGAGCGGUCUCUUCUACAUGAAUGAAGGCACAGAUUUGGCGAAAACAGGCAAAAUCUUCGAAGCUUGUGUUAAUCUGGCAGAUCAAGGUGUUUCCAAUCUCACAAAUUACACACCAAAGCUGCAGAACUUCAUGGUGUCUCAGCUUACGACGAAGGUGGUUCGCCUUUCUGUGAUCAAGUUCAUGGCAAUCAGCUACCAAGUCUGGCUCGGCUUCAUGUCAUCUAGUGACUUCAAUGGCAUCAAAGCCAUUCAUGCAUUUCUUGAGAGCUACAACAAUGACAACUUCACUGCAGAAGAGUUAUGGUACUACAAAUUCCUCAUUCCACACUUUCUUUACUUAUCUGCCAUGUACCACCAGGCUCAGGGUAACCUCAAAGCAGCUAAACUCAACUUUUUGAAAGUACGAAACCUCACGUCACAAACCGUCGAUACACCAAUUGAAGCGUUCCAUUUACAAAGAUCGCUCGGCAUCGGGUACGGCUUACCAGCAUCAAGCACUAGCGAGCUUUACAUAUACUCCAUCAUGCAUUUACUCAACAUUUCAGAGUACGAAUUCCAGAGUUUGUCUCAAGCAAACGACUCAUCCACACAGCAUGAGCAGGCCAUUCAAAGGUCUCGCUCCUUCCUUGCAUCUUUACACGCAGACAUGACGAAUAUAUUGGAAGAUCCAGCCUCACAGGGUCUUACCACAUCUAAGCUAUUCAUGUUAACAUAUAAAUCAGCAUUGGCUGUUUUCAACAGCUCUGGCUUUGAAGAUCCAGAGAAACGGCUCGAUACUGUGCUUACUUCCGAAAUAGAGAAGCUAGUCUUCCUGGGAAACGUCAACAUCCAGAAUGUUGAACUUCUUGCGCUUUAUGUUCUUCUUCGUCAAGCAAUCAAUCUUGACCAGAGAAACAGAUUCUACGGGAAAUGUGUCAGAAGAAUCACCAAGAACGAAGACAACGGCAAACUUCUCAGCUUCUUCGUUUACUUGGAAGCACAGAAGCAAGAAUCAAGUGAUCCCCAAAUGGGAGACAAGAUCCAACGCAAGAUCGACGCUAUCGUUGAAAGCACCCAGCAUAAAAUAGAAACUGCCAGGCAGUCGGUUCUACAAAAGUCAACAUCUUCUAAUCGUGAAAGUUAA